UGAAAAUCAACUAUUUAGCGGGAGAAUUACAUUCACCACUCCUCCCCACCCCACACCACUUGCCGGCGAUGAAGAGAUGUCGGCAGCCCAAAUCCGUACAAAAUGAGACGGUCGAUGUUGCUGCUGACAUAGAAGAUAUUGGUAUUGGUUUCAGCGGAAAAGAAAUUCAAGAAAUUAGGGCUUCUCUGCUCCAAUGGUACGACGAGAACCGAAGGGAUUUGCCAUGGAGAAGAAUCAGCAGCACUGGAAAUGAAGUCGGCAUUGAGCAGAGAGAACGGAGAGCCUACGCUGUGUGGGUAUCCGAGGUGAUGCUUCAGCAAACUAAGGUUCAGACGGUAAUCGGCUACUUCAAUCGAUGGAUGGAGAAAUGGCCUACAAUCCAUCAUCUUGCUCAGGCGACUAUUGAGGAGGUGAAUGAGAUGUGGGCGGGUUUGGGCUACUAUAGGCGCGCUCGGUUUUUGCUCGAGGGAGCUCAAAUGAUUGUUGAAAGUGGUGGUGAGUUCCCAAAUACAGCGUCGUCCCUUCAGAUGGUCAGAGGGAUCGGAAAUUACACUGCAGGAGCAAUUGCAUCUAUUGCCUUUGAGGAGGCAGUGCCAGUGGUUGAUGGAAAUGUUGUUAGAGUAAUUACCAGAUUGAAGGCCAUAUCAGCCAAUCCAAAAGACUCAAAGACAGUCAAGGAUAUAUGGGAACUGGCGAGGAAGUUAGUUGAUCCGUUGAGGCCUGGGGAUUUCAACCAGGCUGUCAUGGAACUUGGUGCAACGAUAUGCAGUCCAACAUCUCCAAGCUGCUCCAAAUGUCCUAUAUCGCUUCAGUGCCAAGCGCUAUCUCUCUCUAUGAGCCAAGAAUCAAUUAAAGUGACAGAUUAUCCAACCAAGGUUCCAAAGGCCAAACAAAGACAUGAUUUCUCAGCUGUCAGUGUUGUGGAGAUAGUUGAGGAGGGAUCCGACAGCAAAUAUCUUUUAGUGAAGAGACCAGAGGAGGGGUUGCUGGCUGGACUGUGGGAAUUCCCAUCAGUGCUAUUAGAGGGAGAAGCUGGUUUAACCUCACGGAGAAAGGCGAUUGACAGUUUUUUGAUAAAAUCAUUUGGUUUAGACAUGAGAAAGUCCUGCAAAGUAGUUUUAAGAGAAGAAGUUGGGGUGUAUGUCCAUAUAUUCUCGCACAUUCGUCUCAAGAUGUACAUAGAGUUGCUGACUUUGCGCAUCACAGAAGGUAUGCAGGAAAAGCAAGAAGAAGCCACAACUAUUAAAUGGAAAUACGUUGAUGAAAAGGCACUUUCAACUUUGGGGCUGACAUCUGGUGUAAGAAAGGCUUACACCAUGAUCCAGAAAUUCAAGCAGGGUUCAUCUAUCCCUGCAACUGCAAGAAAGAGAAGAGACAAAAGGUCAUCAACCAAAGCUCCUAGCAGUAUACUGUGAAUUCAUGACUUUUUGUCCAAAGCAGGAACCCAUACCAUCUUUUUGGAGGAAGAUGUAAAAUGUAGGUAACAUUAGUCACAGGUCAGAUUCAAAGUUUGAACUUGAACUUUAGUUUCUCGACAGGAGAUUAGCAUAGCUGCCUGUCUCAUAGCUAGUAGGUAUCCAGCCUGAAGAGUUAUAAUGUGGAGUAUAAGAUUUUGUAGUUUUGCUACCAGUUUGUCUGCCUGUCUCUCAACGACUGGAGAUUAGCUUUAUCGUCAUAUGUUAGCACUAUUUAUUACU